AUGGCGCGCACAGCCCCUGUGGAUACCCCGCUACGGCAUCCCGCGGCCCCCUCGCUGGCUUCGGGCGAAUCGCGCACCUCGGCCGAGGCGGCGGUGGCCCCACGGAGGGUGCUGUUCGCCGAUGAGGCCCUGGGGCUGCCGCUGGCGCAACUGCGCUGCUACCGGCCGUGGGGCGGGCCGGGGGCGGGCAAGAUGGCGGCGGCCAGGCAAGAUGGCGGCGGCGGCGGGGUUGACGAGGACGACGAUGGCGAGGAUGGGGAUGAAGGGGAGGAGGAAGAGGAGGCUUGCCCCGAGCCCUCGCCGCCAUCCCCCCUUCCUGCUGGCGGGGGUUUUUACCUGGUGCCCACAUUUUCGCUGCCGCCUGCGCCGGGCCGUCUGGAGCGCUUGGGGCGCGUCAUGGUGGAGCUGGAGGCGCUACUGCCACCUCCCGGAGCAGUGCCCGGGGGUGCGGGGGUGUGGGUGCCUGGGGGGCGCCCUCCGGUGCUGCGUGGGUUGGUACGCGUGCUGAAUCGUUCCUUCGAGAAGGCGGUGCACGUGCGGGCCUCACACGACGGCUGGGCUUCCUUUUGCGACCACCCCGCGCGCUAUGUACCGUGCAGCCUGCCGGGGGCAGGAGCGGGAGGAACAGGAGCAGGAGACCCCAUCCUGGAUCUGGGCUUGGGCUCUGGCCAGGUGUCUGCCUCCUCGCCCGAUGAUGGUGGCCGCACCGACCGCUUUGCCUUCCAGCUGCCCUUUGCUGAGGGCGCGGGCGAUGGGGCGCGCUUGGACUUCGUGGUGCGCUAUGAGACCCCCGAGGGCACUUUCUGGGCCAACAACCAUGGCCGCAACUACACAGUUCUGCUCCGGAUCGCACCCGCUCCCACACCCACUGAUGUUGAAGGGCUGCAGCAGCAGCAGCUGGAGCCACAGCCUGAGUCCCAGGGUCCGGUGGAGGCUGAGGCCAGGCAGCUGAAGAGCUGCAUGAAGCCAGUGAGGCGCAGGCCUCACGAGGAAGAGCUGAGGAUGAAGAGCAUGGAUAAUAGCUCUGCUGUGGCAGAGUAUCCUGAUGUCCAGGAGUCAGUGGGUCCCCUGGUGGCCCCCACCCCUCUCCGUCCAUGGCCCCAAAUGACACUUCAGGUUUCUGAAGUUAAAGUGACUGGCAACUCCCUAGAGGAAGGUGACGUCCCCAGAAGCAGUCCAUUUGUGGCUUUCACAGAGGUCCCUCAGGCACCGGUCAUCAGGAUUCCCGCCUCCUCCGUACUCUGUGGCCUAGGUGGCUCUCCCAGGGACCAGGCCUCGGGACCUGAUGCAAGUGAGGGGGCAUCUGGUUCUUUCCUGGAACCCAACGAGCAGCAGCUGGAGGCCACAUGGGAAGUAUCCAGUGAGAAUGGGGGAUGCCGAAAGGCCUCCAUGGUAGGGGCUAUUGUGGAGGAGCCUCCUGGGGGUCUGGAGGUCAUGAGUGGGCUGGAGGAGCUGCUUGGCGAGGACACCAUUGACCAGGAGCUGGAGCAGCUCUAUCUGUCCCACCUGAGCCGCCUGAGGGCCACGGUGGCUGCAGGUGGAGUGGGGGGUGGGGGGGAAGGCCCCACAGAUGGGGGUGCAUUCCCCAGCCAUCCCUUGGGUGUAUUAACGGACCGCGACCUAAUCUUGAAGUGGCCUGGCCCUGAGAGGGCCCUGAACAGUGCCCUGGCUGAGGAGAUCACGCUGCACUAUGCCCGGCUGGGACGUGGUGUAGAGCUCAUCAGGGAUACAGAAGACCCUGAUGAGGAGGGAGAGGGCGAAGAGGGGUUCUCUGUUACACCCUCUAGCCCAGAAGAGGACACUCCCAAGGAAUCACUUCCGGAAAUCCUCUCUGGGGCCCAUUCUAUGGUAGCCAGUAUGGGAGAUGUGUGGCUCCCAUGGGGAGAGGGUCCAGGAUGUGACAGCUCUGUGGGUCUGGGUAUAGAGGGCCAGCUCACUGGGGAUCCAGGUAAGGGGAUGGGCAAGGACACUGACUCGUUGCACAUUAAUAGGGUGACCACCUUCCCAGGGGAGGCCAUGGCAGAAACCCUGAUGGAGCUCACCACUGAGUGGACAGACAGCUUGGUUCCUAUAUCUGGCAAGGAGCCAGCCACUCCAGCCCCUAGGCAGGGACAAGAACCGUUAGGGGCUGAAGCCUGUUCUUCUAGCCUGGCCAGGCUCCGUAUGCACUCCCAAGGUGAAAAGGGCUCAGGCCCAAGUCUUGAGCCCCAACAGAAGUCUCAUGUCCUAGCAGACCCUACGGAAUGUGUGUGUGGAUUGCCACCCCAGCUACGGGGACCCUUGGCCCAGACUUUGGGGGUCCUGGCUGGGCUGGUGGUGGUUCCUGUGGCUCUGAAUAGUGGUGUGUCCAUUCUGGUGCUUGUGCUGUGCCUCUCUCUGGCCUGGUUCUCAUAG